CGAUGGUUUAUCGUUACUGUCGUGACGGGUUUUUGUUGUCGCAUAUUAAAAUAUCAUAAUAUAUUGUUAUAAAAACGAAAUCAUAUUAAAAUCGUACAGUUCAUGCUGCGGUUUCGUAGACACGUCGGUGACAGUGUACAGUAUACACAUAUACUUUUAUUACUAUCGUCGACCGGCGUCAUGAAUACGUACGAUACAUUAUUGUAUUUUUCGAUGAUUUGCAGUUCCACAGUCUUAGUAUUCGCAUCGAACAAAGGUCCGAUAAAUUUCCUGAAAGUGUUGGUUAACAACAAAAAGACCGAUAAACCAGCGCCAGUCUUGCCUAUCAGCCGGGUGGUCAGUGCGACCAACCUAGGUACUUCGACGGAGACGCCGUUCAAGUACGUGUACUUACACGUGACGACUAAAGUCCCACGAUCGUCGACGACUGACUACGGUGGCGACAAAAACCAAGUGGUGAAGGACGGGGACAAGAGAAUUGUGAAUGGUGACAAGACCGCAGUGACCAGUCACGGAGAAGACGAAGCGCUAGUUCAGCGGAUGUGUUCGGACCUCAUCUCCGCGGUGCACCGAAAAAUCGGCGAACAGUCCACUGGCACCGUAGCUCCCGGAACCACCUCAAACCAAAAGUCGGAACAGCAGCAACAGCAGCAGCGGCGACGACAUUCGUACCGGAAGAUCUCUCCUCGUCCGGUCGGCUACUACGAUCGCAGGGAGCCGGACAGCGUCGUCACCAUCGGACAGGACGACCGUUAUCACGACCCGAUUUUCGCGCAAGAGACCAGUCGCGUGGACUACCUGACCAGCUAUCCGUUGGCCAAGAGCUGUAACGGUGUCGGCGCAGUCGACGAAGAAGACGACGACAGAUGGGACGAUGACGCGGACCAGACGCCCAAAGUCUGGAAGCUGAACAUGGUCGGAGAGCACGUCAUGUUCAAGUCGGCGAAAGGCCGCGACCAGAGUUCGGAUGUGUCCGCCGCCGCCGACAACGACGAUGACGACGACCAGACUUAGCCGGCAGCACGCUCUAUACUUGGCGUACUAGCAGCUUUGAUUAAAAUUAAAAAUUGGAAUGGAAAUAUCCGAAUGUCUGGAAUCCGAAUCAUCCACAUUUAUUGAAUUCAGAUUUCAUGGAUUAUCAAUACUUAUUUAUUUUUUUUUUGCGUUAUGAGGAUAUCGUGAAUAUCAUGAAACCUGAAAGCCACGAAGUUACGUUGUCAGAGCACUGCACUCAUUUAGAUGUAUUAGUCAACCAAGUCCCUAAAAGGGACAGUGUGACGGGGACCUUAUAUUUUUUUGAAAUAGAAACUAAAAAUAAGAUAAGAUAAAAUAUAUGUAUUUUUAUAAAAAAAAAAUGAACUUUUUAAUAAAUUGAGCGAGGCAGUCUUGAAAAAAA